AGAGAGGGAGAUGAGAUGCAAUCUAGAUUGUACUAUUGGCCCAUGCGUGUGCUCGCCUGUUUAUUUGGCGGGGAUUUCGAUUAUAAAAAGCUACGGCACAUCCGCGCGCAAGCUCCAGUGACGGUUCAACCAUCAUACAGUAGUGAACGCAGUUUAACGAAGACACAGAGUUACUCGAUCAUGUCGGAAAAACUGGCCUACGAAAUGCAAAGAAAUGACCAGGUUGGCAGAUACUUGAUAGCCAGCAGAGAAUUACAAGAGGGUGAGGAGAUUCUUACCGAGCAGCCAUUCGUCGUUGGACCGAAAGCUUCUACCUAUCCCAUUUGUUUAGGCUGCUAUAGUCCAUGGCCGCCGACCGAGGAUAGUCAGCCGUUGUGCUCGACAUGUGCCUGGCCUGUCUGCUCGACAGAAUGCGAGAACCAUCCGCAUCACAAAGAUUACGAGUGCGAGAUCUUCGCGAAAUUGGGGGAGAAGUUUGACUUGGAAUCGGCACUGAGCGAAGAGCAUCUACACGGAUUGCCGCACUACGAGUGCAUAACUCCGUUAAGACUGCUACUGGCCGCGGAGAAAGACGCCGAGAGAUGGAACAGCGAAGUCAAAGGCAUGGAGGCUCACAACAAGAAGAGAAGUCAAAAGGACCAAUGGAAAACCGACCACGUGAACGUCGUCGAGUAUAUUAGAAAUCGUCUGAAGCUUGAAAGAUUUUCCGAAGAACAGAUCCAGACCGCUUGCGGUGUGCUCGAAGUCAACUGCCACGAAGUCAGAUCGGAUAAGGGUUUUGUCGCGAGAGCUUUGUACCCAAAAGUGGCGAUGAUGAAUCACUCGUGCGUCUCCAACACUGUCCACAGUGUCUGCCCAGCCGAGAAUUACAAGAUUUACCUGAGGACAGCAGUGAGAGUGCCGCUUGGUGGUGAGCUGUUCGGUAAUUACACGCACGCCUUGCUACCAACGAUGCUGAGGCGCGAGCAUUUGCUCGAGAGCAAGUACUUCGCGUGCGUGUGUCACAGGUGCGCCGAUCCCACGGAACUCGGCAGCCACAUAUCCUCCCUGAAGUGCAACAAGUGCGACAACGGCCUAGUUGUGCCGCUCGAUUCGCUCGAUGCGGACAGCCAAUGGAAAUGCACGCACUGCGAGUUCUCAACGAGGGGAGCGGCGGUGAAUAGAGUACAGAAAAUCAUCCAAGGGGAUAUGGAUCAAGCGGAGGUAUAUACGCUGGCCGACGGCCCUGACGCUAUUCACGUCAGAGAGCAGUUCAUUAAAAAGUAUCACUCGGCACUACAUCCCCGACACGCUUUUCUCAUUAUGACCAAGUACUCGCUGUGUCAGCUGUACGGGCGCGUUGAGCAGUAUCUAUUGGAAGAUCUACCGGACAUUGUUCUAGAGCACAAAGUCGACAUGUGUCGUCAACUUUUGCAAGUGCUCGACAUUGUAGAGCCUGGGAUGUCGCGCUCGCGAGGCAUUAUUCUCUACGAGCUGCACGCUCCGCUGCUAUUUAUCGCCAGAUCUCAGUGGACAGCCUCGACUAUCGACAACGCAGCCCUUAAGUCCAAGAUGAUCGAGGCUAUGGCAAUACUCAAGCAAGCUGCUGAUAUUUUGUCGUUGGAGCCGAAAGGCACGCCUGAGGCUGAAAUCGCUGAAGGCGCCAAACAGGCGAUGGCUCAGCUGCAAACUUCCAUUGACGACCUGUAAAUCUCGUUUAGCUACACACACACACACACACAAAAGAUGGUUUAUUUUUUAUAUACGUUGUAUACGCGCCUAUGUAUACCUGAUCGAUUUAGGUCGCCAUCAUUCAAAUAAACUAUAACAUAAGAUUUCUUUGAUAUAAUAGGCGCUCACAACUACCGUAUCUGCAUAUUGGUUGUAAUCUAUUUCUUGCAAAUAUUAUUAAUUUUCGUUAUUAAUGCAAGAAUGAGUGUUCGGUUUUAGAAAUAAAUGUAGAUUUUUGUACAAUAAGCUUGAAACAAUAAAAAGAGCAAGUUAAUC